UUCUAACGCCUUCAUACAGAACGGUCGGUAGAGUGCCAUCAGCUUUAAUUGUAACGUAGCACAGUCGACUGAGAGAGCAUUGCAUCAUCUUUCUCUAGAAAAUUUAACAACUCACCUCUCAUUGUCAUCAAGUUCUCCAUGAGCAUCUUCAACUCUACCAUCAUCUUAUCAAAUUUCUCCAUGUCAAAGUUAGCAGCCAUUUCUCUAUCUGCUAUUCACAGUACGUUUCGUCAGAUUUGAAUUUUAUAAACUGUUGGUCGUAAAAUGCUGAAGUAUCAGCCGAUAGAUGGCGCUAGUGUCACAAUCCCGUUUACCAGUUGCGGAUGACAGUACUUUUCGGCGUUAACUGAAGAGGUAAAUAGGCUGAACAUCUUAUGGUGUGAGAUAGCCGAUAGCAUGGUGCUAGAUAAGCCCUUCGCCCUUCUUUAUCGUCUCAUGCAUCGUCACGUAAGUUGACCUCAUUUUUCCAUCUGGAUGUGGUUAGAGUUACUUGCAUAAAUCGAUUAAACAAUAGUCAAAGUACCAUGGUAACUGUAGCUAAAGAGAAGUUAAGCUCGUGAGGUCUUGAUUAUUUCACUAGUAGAGAUUAAAAAGAUGUCUGACAACAAUAGAAACGAAUUACCAACAUGUAGUCAAAGUUCUGAACUGACAGAACUAUUAAGACGUCUUGAGAUUUCACCGCUUUUACUUAACGACGAGGACGCGCCGACCACAAACAGAAGAUCGUCUAGUGACUCGUCUAUUGUGACAACGGAUAUCCGGAAAGCUGACGAACUUGAUGGUUAUCCAGAAAUAAGUUCAUCCAGCGACGUACUCGAUCGAGAAGUCACUUUAAAGCAGUUAGUUGUUGUAAGGGAAGAUGGCAAAAUGAUCAAAUGGGAAAACGAACUCUUUCACGAACAUCUUAUUGAACACUUCAAACGAAAACAGAUGACUCAUGUAUACAAUGACGAACCUGAUAAUUUUGCACUGAUAAAAAAGUAUUCACGGAAACUGGCGGAGCUGGAGAGACUCAGAGAAGAAAUUCAGGCUUCGCAGGAAGAACAGGAAGCGGAAGUGAAGUGUUACCAGAAGGAAUUGAAAUUGAAAACGGCAGAAGCCAAUAAGAACGUUGAGUCAAUGAUUUCACGUGAACGAGCCGUCGGCUUAACGACAUAUCGAAAUGGAAAAUCAUUGUCAAUGAAAGACGUUCAGAAUUUAAUAUCAAAGCAAAUUUCGAAAAUGAAAGAAAUGGCCAAAUUUCGAUUUCGUUAUGCCCGAUUACGUGAUGAUCUCAUCUCGAAAGAAACUAUCCUGAACACUUUGAAGAUGCUAAAUCCAAAUUUGGGAAAAGAGGACUAUCGUCGCCUGGAGGAUGAGAAGUUUUACUACGAGCACGAGCUUUCGAAAUUGGAAAACGAAAUUAAAAAUUUUGAAGAGAAACGCGAGAAAUUGAAACUCAAAAUAAAUUCGACUGUGAAAGCUGAAAAAAAAGUAAGACUCCAAAUUUUGAAUGAGAAAAAAAUAAGCGAUAGUUUGAAAAACGACAUAAAACGUGCAUUUCAAAAGAAGAAGAUAUCUUUAAGGAAAUUACAAUUUUUGAAAAAAUUCAUUUUCAAAUUAACUAACGCUUCUGGAGUCGUAGCUCAUCCUGAAAUAACAUCAGAAUUGGCGAUUGUCCGUAAGGAGCAUGAAAAUUUGAUAAAAAAAAUUACAAUAAUCAUGAACGAUAUUAAACAAAUAAGGGAGUCUCUGUCCGUUAUGCGAGCUAGUUUAAUUGUACGCGAUAAAAAAGAAGAAAAGAACCAAGAUAGCAACGAAGAUGAUAACGAAGACGACGACGAUAAUAAUUACGUACGUCAGAAAUCAAAUUUGCCGCCAGUGGCAGGUGGCUUUUAUCUUCCGCUCCGUAUCACGUAGUCAUUAAGAACAAAAUUAAAUUGAAAUAUUGCAGUAAAUAAAUACACGUAAACACUCGUUUGUUAAAAGAGUUUACAAUAAUUAGUUUA